GGUCCGAUAAAAAUAAAACGUGAAACUGCGUAAAGUUCGUGCGAACCGAUCGUCAACGAUAGCAUACGGCAAGUAAACGGUGACGGUCCGUCGUGAAAUCUCUUACGUGUUAUUCCGAACAUCCGUUUCGCGAAAAAUCAUGAAAAUCAUCUGAUGGCACUUGCGCAAUUGCGACAGUCGUGUAUCUGAUCGUACGGGCUGAUCAUAAUUCGGAACGAGCGUUAAGUUUGCUAAGGAUAACAUCGCCAAAGGGGGGUCCACAGUCGAGAGACGAAAGUAAUUUACGUCUUAGGCAAGCCUUUCAACAUGAGCACCACAAAGGAAGAGGCAGGACCCUCAAAACCAUGGGAUUCUACAACAGAAGAAACAGAGAAGGAUAAUCGAACUUUUGAGUGCAAUAUUUGUCUGGACACUGCCAAAGAUGCGGUAAUUAGCAUGUGUGGACAUUUGUUUUGUUGGCCAUGCUUACAUCAAUGGUUAGAGACUCGCCCAACGAAACAAGUCUGUCCUGUCUGUAAAGCUGCAGUCAGUAAAGACAAAGUCAUUCCAUUGUAUGGUCGUGGAGCUACAAGGCAUGAAGAUCCAAGAAAUAAUGUCCCACCACGCCCAGCUGGACAGAGAACAGAACCUGAAAACAACAUUGGAUUUUCCAGUUUUGGAUUUGGAGAUGGUUCCUACAUGUCAUUUGGCAUUGGAACAUUUCCAUUUGCAUUUUUCACAUCAACUUUUAAUUUUGGUGAAACACGACCAAGUGCAGCUGCUAGAGGAACACCUCAGUAUGAAGACGAGCAAUUUCUUUCAAAGGUGUUUCUAUGGGUGGCAUUGCUAUUCAUCUGUUGGCUUCUGAUGGCAUAACAUUUUUGUUCAACCAUACUUCUUGCUCCAUAUUUUGUAAUCUUGUCCACUUGAUGGAUCGAUUCAUUACAUUUUUAUUAAUACAUCUUUCCCCGUUUGUGUAAUCAUUGUUACUCACUGUGGUAACUAUGCCUGCUUGAAUAAACAAACGGGUUUUAACUGUCGUAGCUGUAAUAUUUUUACAUGUACAUACACUUUAUUUUUAAUCUUUUGUGAUUACAACAAAG